AACACAACUCCCAGAGUUGAAAAUCGAACAAACCACCAGGAAAGAGAGAGAACUAUAUAUUUUGAAGAGAAAACAAAGCCUAAAGCAUAUUCUUCCAAAUUAUUCAUUCACUCCUACAACACCGUUUGUGUUUACCUUUUUGGUUAGGUUUGCCUUUUGGUUUCGUUUGGUUUGGUCUUCCAGGGAAAACCAACGCUACUAUUCAAUCCUCGAACCGUGUUCCUUGCGUUUUGGUUUUCUCAAGGUUUUGUUGCGGCUGAAGUAGUGCUCGUCGAUCGAUCUUCAAACAUGCCUUCUAGUCACUUGCUUCUCGAGGAACCCAUUAGGAUGGUCUCCCUCCUUGAGCCAUCCAAGCCUAGUUUUUUCCCCGCAAUGACAAAGAUUGUUGGGACUCUGGGUCCUAAAUCUAGAUCCGUUGAAACUAUUUCUAAUUGUCUCAAAGCUGGGAUGUCUGUGGCUCGAUUUGACUUCUCGUGGCAUGACCCUGAGUAUCAUCAGGAGACUUUGGAAAAUUUGAAGGUUGCUAUCAAGACUACAAAGAAGCUGUGUGCUGUUAUGCUGGACACAGUGGGUGCAGAAAUGCAAGUUGUUAACAAAAGUGAGAAAGCUAUCUCUCUUGAGGCAAAUGGUCAGGUUGUUCUAACUCCUGAUGCCGGACAAGAAGCUUCUUCUGAAAUACUGCCAAUCAAUUUUGAUGGGCUGGCUAAGGCUGUGAAGAAGGGAGACACCAUUUUUAUUGGUCAAUACUUGUUCACAGGAAGUGAAACUACUUCUGUAUGGCUAGAGGUAUCUGAAGUCAAAGGGCAAGAUGUUGUUUGCAUUAUAAAGAAUUCGGCUACGUUGGCUGGGUCACUGUUCACUUUGCAUGGCUCUCAAAUUCAUAUUGAUUUGCCCACUCUCACUGAGAAAGACAAGGAGGUUAUAAGCACCUGGGGAGUUAAAAACAAAAUUGAUUUUCUGUCAUUGUCGUAUACUCGACACGCUGAAGAUGUUCGCCAGGCACGUGAAUUCCUUUCAAAGUUAGGUGAUAUCAGUCAGACUCAAAUAUUUGCAAAGAUUGAAAAUGUUGAGGGAUUGACUCAUUUUGAUGAGAUUUUACAAGAAGCUGAUGGAAUUAUCCUUUCCCGUGGAAAUUUGGGUAUUGAUCUUCCACCAGAGAAGGUGUUUUUAUUUCAAAAAUCUGCUCUUUACAAGUGUAAUAUGGCUGGGAAGCCUGCUGUGCUUACACGUGUUGUGGAUAGCAUGACUGACAACUUGAGACCAACUCGUGCUGAAGCCACUGAUGUUGCCAAUGCCGUUUUAGAUGGAAGUGAUGCUAUACUUCUGGGUGCUGAGACUUUACGUGGAUUGUACCCUGUUGAGACUAUUUCUACUGUUGGCAGAAUUUGUUCAGAGGCUGAGAAAGUUUUCAAUCAAGACCUUUAUUUUAAGAAGACUGUCAAAUAUGUUGGAGAACCCAUGUCCCACCUGGAAUCUAUUGCAUCCUCUGCGGUACGAGCGGCAAUUAAAGUGAAGGCAUCUAUUAUUAUUUGUUUUACUUCAUCUGGAAGGGCUGCAAGAUUAAUUGCUAAAUAUAGGCCAACGAUGCCAGUUCUAUCUGUUGUGAUACCUCGACUAAAGACGAAUCAGCUACGGUGGAGCUUUAGCGGAGCUUUUGAGGCAAGACAAUCACUUAUUGUGAGGGGUCUCUUUCCUAUGCUAGCAGAUCCUCGACAUCCAGCUGAGUCAACAAGUGCAACAAAUGAAUCUAUACUUAAGGUUGCCCUUGAUCAUGGAAAAGCAUUGGGAGUAAUAAAGUCACACGACCGGGUAGUUGUUUGCCAGAAACUUGGUGAUGCAUCUGUGGUUAAGAUUAUUGAGCUUGAAGAUUAAGGAGCAUUCAACCAACAUCAGAAUUAGUGUUAUUUAUUUGUAGUACAUCUUUUCCUAGUUUUUCAAAGAUGCAGGUCAUUCUGCCACAAGUAGAGGUUUAUCUCUGCUUGAUUUUGAUGAAACGAAUUUUGGAUGCAAAUUAUUGCUGGCUGUAAAACAUAAAAUCAAGGGAAUUUACUCUUGAUGCCAAUUUUUGGGUUUAGUAUUAUUCAUACUAGAACACAGCUCGAAAAUGUGAUCAUUGAAUCGGAUUACCAAACAAAUGAGAUGCUAAUAGCUUGUUAUUUCA